UAUUUCUUAGCAAAUGUCCACAUAUAGGCUUAAAAGGGGGGUGUCUCAGGAAAUGACAGAGGACAGCCAUCUACAGGAAGGACUAUUUCUGUACUCUGCCUCUUCCUUGUUCCAUUGCCAUUGUGUGUAACAAGUAGGACAUGUGCGUGAAAUACUUUAUUCAACUUUUAGCAUUUUUCAGUGUCCUUGUGUCAAAUGGAUUAACUUGUUCAGAGUCAUGCAUGAACACUAUUCUUCACAUUCGACCGGGCUCGGAGGUGUUGCUUCCAUGCACACUUUUGAACAGCUCGAAAACCGAAGAAGCCAGUUGGAGGCAAUCUUCCCGCCUUCUAAUCAUCAGGCCUAAUGGAAAUGUCACCUUUGAGGAUCCUAGGGAUGGCAGAUUAACAGUAUUCCCCUACCUCUUCGGCAGAGGAAACUUCUCCAUCCUCGUUCAUCAGUUCCAGGCCUCUGACGUGGGCACCUACUGCUGUGAGCUGAGCCACGAGUGCCAGAGAGUUGAAUUAACGCUCUCACAAAGUUCAGGUUUGCAUAUCCCAUGGUACUAUUUUGCUGCUGGAGGUGGAAUAUUGAUUCUGCUUGUGUUUGUUUUUGUUCUUAUCUGUAAAUUCAGAGUAAAGUGUAUAAAAAGAUCAUCGUCUUCUUAUUAUGUUAACUCAGAAAACAAAGAACAACAGGAGGCAAAACAAACUCAGCGUGCUGAGAGCGCCAAGGUUGAUGAUUGUGAUGGUGAGUAUGAAAACAUAGAGAGUGAUACACAUGAGGCAGAUUAUGAAAAUGCACUGGAGGAAGAGCCUGACGGCAAGGGUGAAGAUACAGCGAGUGACAACCAGGACGAGGAUUAUGUGAACACUGAAAGAAGAAAUAGUCCUGAUCUGUAUGACGAUGUUGACAGUGCAUUUUCUACUGGACUCAAUCUGGAGAGGGAUAUGCGAGGUCACCAUAACAACAAAAGUGUUUAUGAAAAUGAUGAACACGAUCCCAAUCAAAAGUCAAAAAUCCCCCCAAAAGCAGCAAUCAGAAAAUUGCCAAAACAGCAGUCAAAAUCAGGACUAUACUAUGCCAAUCAGGCACAGAUACACAAUACUGGCUACGCUGGGAACAAAGACAAAGAAUAUCAGUUCAAAAAUCCAUUAUAUGACCAGCACAUAUCCACCAAACCCAAACAAUAACCAAUCAUCUUUCAAUGCCCUGAAAAUAUGUCUUUUUUUAUUGAAUGUAUUGUAAUGUUUUAAUAAUUAUUGCUCCACUGGAUUUGUGAGUUAAUAUAUAAGCAAAUAAUAUAUUUUCCUACAUUCUGGUUUUACUGUGUAAAGAAGUUAAAAGGUCAUGUCAUGUGUGAAUUAUUUAUUUGACUGUUUACAAAUAACAUUAUUCAUUACUUUUUAGAUAAUUUUCUUGUUUAAACAGCCCCUAUUAUGCUUUUACAAAUAUGAUCUUUCAUGUAGCUGUAUGUGAACAUAAACUAUCUGCACUGUCUGUGAUGCUGGCAGUGCACGAUAAAUUAAGGUUUUUUGUCUCUUAAAAAAAGCGUUGGCUCACAUUCGCCUAAACGAGUCGUUAGCAAAUCUAUUUUUACUCUGUUACGAAUCCACGUCACUCCGUAACAUACAGUAUUUGCAUAAUGUCCGCCCACGUUCUACGUCUCGAACAACUUGCCCGCCAUUUUACAAUUAACGUUCCCACACUCUUGUUAAUGUGACCGAGCAUUCACGCCGGGUUCGGUUAAACACUUUGUAAUAUAAAAAAACAAUAAAAAUACGAGAGCACACGAAAUCCUUUUUUAACUGUUUAUUCUCCACCAUUCACUAAAACUUAAUUUAACACUCGCGAAGUGUGCAUGCCUCUUGCCUUAGCUUCUACGGCAAGCCCCGAGGGAAAAAAUUGCAUCACACACGCGAAGUGCGCAUGCGCCUUGCCCUCUUACGGCAAAAAUGCAUCACACUCGCAAAGUGCGCAUGCCCUUGCCCUUUCCCUGACCUGCCGGGACAGCCAGGAAAGAGCGGAGGGAGGAGUAGUAAUGGUGGAGCAGCGCUGGCGUUAUUUGUUUCAACGAGAGAUGGAGAGAUUGCUGUAUUUAAUUUUCUUUUAAAGAUUUUUUAACCGGAUUAUCUUUGACUGGACAUAUUCCCCGGACUUCUCACCCUCUGUCAUAGGCCUCCCAGAUUUCAUUAACCCAGGUGAGAUCGAACUAUACUUUAUGUAUGUAUGUAUUAUCUAACACACAUAC